AUGGAUACAAGUUCAGUGGGUGAAACCACAACCAGUGAUUCUAUAUCUAUGGCACGAAUCUCCGUCGCCUCGACUUUGCCGGUGACUAAGUCGCCGGAGAGUCCUUGUCGUGUCGGAAGUGGCACGAGUGUGAUAAUAGAUGCAGAGGUCGGUGUUGAAGCUGAGUCUAGGAAGCUUCCUUCUUCAAGAUUCAAAGGUGUAGUCCCUCAGCCUAAUGGCAGGUGGGGUGCACAAAUCUAUGAAAAGCACCAAAGGGUUUGGUUAGGCACUUUCAAUGAAGAAGAUGAGGCCGCCAGGGCGUACGAUAUCGCGGCACAAAGAUUUCGAGGCCGAGAUGCAGUCACAAACUUUAAACCGUUGUCGGAAACCCAAGAAGAUGAUGUUGAAACAGCCUUCUUGAAUUCUCAUUCCAAGGUUGAGAUUGUCGACAUGUUAAGGAAACAUACAUACACCGAUGAACUCGAACAAAGCAGGAAGAACUACGGCUUGUUCGACGGCAGUGGCAAAAGGAUCAUGAAUAAAGACGGCUUUUUCAGCUCAUUCGGUGUCGGUGAUAGGGAGGCAAAAGCUCGGGAACAGCUCUUCGAGAAGGCGGUAACUCCUAGCGACGUGGGGAAGCUCAACCGCCUGGUUAUUCCAAAACAACACGCCGAAAAACACUUCCCUUUAAAAAGUGGGAACAAUUCCAAAGGGGUGCUUUUAAAUUUCGAAGAUACGGGUGGAAAAGUAUGGAGAUUUCGAUAUUCAUAUUGGAACAGUAGCCAAAGCUACGUGUUGACAAAAGGAUGGAGUAGAUUUGUCAAGGAAAAGAAGUUGAUUGCCGGUGACAUUGUGAGCUUUCAACGAUCGACCGGGCCGGACAAUCAACUCUACAUCGACUGGAAACCGAGGAACGGAUCAAAUGUUGCGGUGAUACCAGUCCCGGCCCAACCUAUUCCGAUGGUAAGACUAUUUGGAGUGAACAUAUUCGAGGUACCAAGUAAUGAAAGUUGCAGUACUGGAAAAAGGAUGAGAGAAAUGGAGCUUUUGGCAUUAGAAUGUAGAAAAAAACAGAGGGUUAUCGAUGCUUUGUAA